UUCCUCUCUCUCUCGCUGCAGUGCAGCGAUUGCAUUCAUGGCCUUCAUUGAAAACGAACCAUCAAUGUCUAAAUGAAGGCCUUAUCGUCGUCGUCAAACUCGUCGUAGGACGUAAAAGCAGGCAGAAUAGGCAGCAAUAAAUCCAGAACCGAAGAGCUUCCGAUUCUAUCCGAUUUUGAUAGCCACGAGGAAGCGUUAGUCGCCAUGGGUGGCGAUCCGACGAAAUAUUCGGAGCCGGAGGAGUCCAGGACGGGCGGCAACAGAGAUUUGAACCAAGAUCUGAGUUUUAGGCAAUCUGAGGUAGAGUUCUGGAGCGACAGGGGAGAGAGGAACAACGGCGGUAACGGUAGCUUCGCUUACGCGCAAGGGUGGCAACCGGGGGAGGAAUCGCCGACGUGGAAGAGAAUGAACGAUCAUCUCAUGAACAGAAGCAAUGAGAUUACAUUAGAGAUGGGAUUAGACUUAGACGAACUUAAACGCGACCCGUCCUCAACUCUAAACUCUAGAAAGGUUUCUUUCGAAACCUCCGGCGUGAGUUUCAACACCCAAACGCAACAAAAAGACGGAGGAAUAAAUGAUCAGACCGAUGAUCAGUCGAGACACAUAUCGAACGUGUCGGCUCCUCUAUUCGGAAAAUCGGGUUUGCGACCGGCGUUGAAGAGCACCAAGUCAAGGCUUAUAGACCGGUCAGAGGAAGAGGCACAGUUGAUGUCCGGUUUGUUAGAAAAAUCCGGUCAGCUUAAGUCCGGUAUGCUCGGUAAAGCGUCGGAAAACGAAGAAGAAGACGACCCUUUCACGGACGAUGUUUUGCCUGAUAAAUUCAGGAGAACCAAUCUUAAUGCAUUCACAUGGGUUCAAAUUGUGAGUCUUUUUGUCAUUGUUGCUGCUCUGCUUUGCAGCUUGUUCAUCCCUUCAUUGAAAGUAAUUGACCUAUGGGAGCUUGAGCUAUGGAAAUGGUUAGUGUUCUUGCUGGUUUUGAUCUGUGGAAGAUUGGUUUUGGGUUGGGGAAUCCGAAUCCUCGUUUUCUUCAUCGAGAUGAACUUCUUUUUGAGGAAAAGGAUGUAUUUCGUGUAUGGGUUAAGAAAACCGGUCCAGAAUUGCUUAUGGUUAGCCCUAGUUCUUCUGGCAUGGCGUUUCUUGUUCGACAAGGAAGUCGAGAGGACAAGCGUAUUGCUUCAAUACGUUUCCGAAAUCCUCAUAUGCUUGUUGGUGAGCUCGUUCUUGUGGUUACUCAAGACACUGCUAGUAAAAGUACUGGCUUCAUCUUUUCAUCUCAGUACUUAUUUCGAUAGGAUUCAAGAUACAUUGUUCAACCAAUACGUGAUCGCGACGCUCUCCGGUUCUCCGGUGAUCGAAGUCCAGAGGACGGAAGAGAAAGACGAAAGAACGGCAGCCGAGAUCAGAAGGUUGCAGAAUGCGGGUGCAACCGUGCCUUCGGAUCUUCGCGACAAUGCCUUCCCACAGCAGACUAGUGGGGUGUUGAAGAAAACACUCACCAGGCUCAAAACGCUUACUCAGCAAGAUACGUCGAAGAAAGAGGACGUCGGGAUCGCAUUAGAGCAUGUACAUAAGCUUAAUCAAGAGAACAUCUCGGCUUGGAACAUGAAGAGGUUGAUGAAGAUGGUCCGAUACGGGACGUUGACGACAUUGGACAAGCAAGUGAUGGAACACGAUUCGGUGAAACAGAUCAGAAGUGAACAUGAAGCAACGGCGGCUGCCAAGAAGAUUUUCCACAACGUGGCUCGUCCUGGGUCCAAAUUUAUCUACUUGGAGGAUUUGAUGCGGUUUAUGCGAGAAGACGAAGCUUUGAGGACAAUGGCUACCUUUGAAGACGCUUACGAGCAUGGCAGAAUCAGCAAAAAAUCCUUGAAGAAUUGGGUGUUGAAUGCCUACAGAGAACGGAAAGCCCUGGCUUUGACCCUAAACGACACAAAGACGGCAGUGAACAAGCUUCACAAUAUCAUAAACGUCAUUGUCGGAAUCAUCAUACUCAUAAUAUGGGUUGUCGUUCUGGAAAUCGCUUCCUCAGAGCUCAUCGCGCUCCUCAGUUCCCAGCUGCUCCUCGCAGCCUUCAUCUUCGGCAACACCUGCAGAACGAUCUUCGAAUCCAUAAUCUUCUUGUUCGUCAUUCACCCUUUCGACGUCGGCGAUCGGUGCGAGAUCAACGGAGUGCAGCUUGUGGUGGAAGAGAUGAACAUUUUGACGACCGUUUUCUUGAGAAACGACAACAUGAAGACGACGUUUCCCAACAGCGUUCUCUCGACGACGCCUAUAGGCAACUAUUAUCGAAGUCCAGACAUGAUUGAUCUCAUUGAGUUCGCGGUCCACGUUGCUACUCCGGUGGAAAAGAUUGCUCUCGUUAAGCAAAGAAUAAUCAAUUAUAUCGUUAACCGGAAGGACCAUUGGUGUGCCGAUCCAUUGAUCGUGAUAAAAGAUUUAGACGACUUGAGUCGGAUAAAAUUUUCACUUUUGGCGACUCAUAAAAUGAACUUCCAUGACAUGGGAGAGAGGCUGGAAAGGAGAUCUCGACUGGCCGAAGAAAUGGUGAACAUCUUCAAAGAAUUAGACAUCGAAUACCGUUUGUUGCCCGUUGCCGUUAAUAUCUGCAACCUGCCUAAUUCCUCCCGUUUCCCUUCCACAUGGACCGCGGCCGAAAGUUCCGAUAAGAUCGACUGACGGCGAGAUUGACCCGGAGAUUAUAACAAUUACGGUGAUCGAAUUAAUUGUUGUAACGAUAAGGUUAAAGAUUUUGUCACCAAAAUUAACAUUAACAGUGGAAAUAUGUGCUACUGUAUACAGGGACUACAUCAAACUCCCUCUUCUCCAAAUUCUUUAAAUA